GUGUUUAAGGCGAGCGUGUGAACGUGUCCCCAAGCUGUGCUGGUGAAUGAGAGGCAGGCUUGUGGACUUUGCGGGUCCUCCCUCGAGUCCCUCACAUGAUCCGGAGCUGUGGAGAGCGAGCGGACCGCGCCGUGCGUAAAACAGCCUGAGGAGACACGAUCGCUUCGACACGACCUCACCAUGUGCCUCCUAACUUUGCUCGGCGUCUUUUUGACGCUCACGGGCUCAAUCAGUGCCCAAAUACCUUGGACUCAACAAAAGCUGUACCACAAAGCCAGUACUCUGAGCUCCAGUGAUCUGCUCAGUGUUUUGGCCCACACAAACAUUGAUCACAUGUGGGAGAAGGACCUGAAGCCCAUGCUGGUGGUGCGUUACCCAGGCACUGCAGGAAGCAAGGCAGUACAGCAGCAAAUUAAAUCUACUCUGGGCUCACUGAAAGCAGGCUGGAAGGUGACUGAGGAUCACUUCCAAGAUCACACACCAUAUGGCCAGAUCCCUUUCACUAACAUUAUUGCCACCCUCAACCCCUCUGCCAAGCGGCGGCUGGUGCUGGCCUGCCACUACGACUCCAAGUACUACCCUCCUCAGUGGCAUGGGAGGCAGUUUGUGGGGGCCACUGACUCAGCUGUGCCCUGCUCCAUGUUGCUGGAGCUGGCCAGAGCUCUGGAUCCAGAGCUGAAAUCUCUAAAGGCCUCGGGGUCAGACCUGUCUCUGCAGUUGUUGUUCUUUGACGGAGAGGAGGCUCUGUAUCAGUGGACCUCCACUGACUCUCUGUAUGGCUCUCGCCACCUGGCCCACAAAAUGGAGAGCACUCCACACCCCAAGGGAGCUACAGACACCAACCAGCUACACGGCAUUGAUCUUUUUGUUCUAUUGGACUUGAUCGGUGGUCCCAUGCCUCGUUUUGGUAACCAGUUCUCAAAUACUGCCAGGUGGCUUUCCAGACUGCAAAAUAUUGAGCGGCGUCUGCAUGCACUGGGGCAGCUGAAGGAUCAUCCUAAUGAGGUUCAGUACUUCUGGCCUGGUCUGCCUGUGGGUCCAGUUCAGGAUGAUCACAUGCCCUUCCUUAGCAGAGGGGUCCAGGUCCUCCAUCUUAUCCCCACCCCAUUCCCUUCUGUGUGGCAUACCUUUGAUGACAAUGAGGAGAAUCUGGACCGUGCCACAAUGGAGAACCUCAACAAGAUACUGCAAGUGUUUGUGCUGGAGUAUCUAAACAUGAAAAGCCAGAAUCCAAUUACACAGACCCCUUAAUCUUCUACUACCUUCUUCCUAGUACACUAACAUCAACAGUCCAACUGUGAGGUCCUCUUACCAAAAACACCAAAAGACUUUGUGCUCCAAACACCUUGGUAUUAGAGUAGGCAUCUCUAGAGUCUGUAUAUUUUAUGAGUAUUGUAUUAAAAGCUCAUUGUGUUGUACCAGAGGACCAAAUAUGAUUCCUGACAUAAUUAUAAAUCAGUAUAUUCAAAGGCCUGUGGUGUACUGUUGUUUCCUAUUACAUAGUUCUAAGAAUUUUCAGUGAAUUUGUAUUUAAUUUGUAUUCCAGCAUGAUUCAUUUUUAAUAUAAAUGAUGUUUAUAUUUUGUUGCAACCAAGAAUCAGUUUAUCUAUGUUGUACUAUAUUCAGAAAUCAUAUUUUGUUCUAAUGAAGUUGUCAUAGUACAACAUCAAUAGUUUUAUCUUCUCUAUGUGCCUAUAUCUGUGGUAGGAAAAGACACUUUAUGAAUUCUGUGACUUGUCCCUCAAAUGUCGAUAAAUAAUGUCAUGUCUCUUUUUUAAAAAAAAGAUGUUAUUAUUAAGAUAUAUUUUCAAAAAGGUCCUAUGAUGAGCAAUUAUGGCUCAUUAUUCCAAAUCUGAAUCAUAUCCUUUGUUAUCUUUCAAGCAUGAUGAAAUUAUAAAUAUGACUCCGCAUAUCUGCAGCGUUUAAGCAAAUUGCAACCUGUGGGUAUUAAUGUGAGCCACUGUUGAUUUGGUUUAAAGUCAGAGUUGAAAACAUAUUUUGGACUUUGGAUUAACUGCCUUGAAGCUAAAACUAAAAUCCUCUUUGCUUUGAGGUACCCCUUACCUUAAUAGUGUGUAUUUUAUUAAAAUUGAUGAUAGAAUAUUCCCUUUUCUUACUAACAAAACAGUCUUAUAAUGACUGAAACUUUUCAGCACUGAAUGUUACAGAUCAUUUUGAGUAGAACUCAAAAGCACUAGCAAACACAGCUUUGGACAAUUAUAUACACAAAAUCAUAAUAAUUCUUCACCAAAACACAAAGUUUACUUAAAAACUCUUUGUGUUUUUGUAAUGACAUGAAAAUGUGAUACAGUAUUUUUUAAAUAGAGUUUUCUUUAUUUAAAAAUUAUGUUAGUGAGAAAUCUAAAUCUUCACCGCUUUAAAUAGAGCAUACCAUAAUAUUUGUAAAUAUCUAAGGUCUGAAUAUUUUUUUUUACUGUGGGACCACAUUCUACAGAAGUAAUUCAGUAGAAGGGCUCAUAUAUAGUAUAGUAUUUAGCGACUGAUAUUGUGUAAUACAGUAAUAUUACCUGUGUAUAAUUAUAUUCUAAAAAGUCUUGAUUGUUGCAUAAAUAAUAUAAUAUUAAAUAAUAAUAUUAUCAUAAUAUUUUUCAAUAUCAUUGAUACUUUGACAUUUACAUUUAGCCAUUUAGCAGACACUCUCAUCCUGAGAAACUUGUGCCAACAUUACGCAGAUAUACUGCAAGAAUCAUCACUGGGGCAAGAGCCUCGCCGUAACUUGAAUAAAUACAAGUGGAGACACUGUUGAGACGUAAGUGAAUUAUUAUGUAAAUUAAUGAAACACAGAGGUAGAGUGCAGAAGACUGGAGAGAAAUGAAGUGUGAAUGAGUGAAGUAAGGUGUAAAUCCAGUUAGUAUUUCAAGUUUGCGUGCAUGUUUUGUUGAUUUUAUAAGUGAAGAUAUGUUAACACAUCCUCUACAGAGAAUAUACCUCUGCACAUUUAACACACAAUUAUAGCCUGUUGCCUGUACAGGAUGUGUUAACUUACCUUCACUUAGAAAAUCAACAAAACAUGAAAUUCAGCAAAGGGUGUUCAAACUUUCGUGUAUGACUGGACAUGAGUCUGUUUCACAUAGAUAUUUGUUCUUCAUAAUUCAUAAAUUUGAGUUAAUAAACACUCCUAAUAAAAUUCCUAAACAUUCAUGUAGUGUCUGUUCAGAACUUGCAGAAGGUUAUAAGAUUGUAAUGUCCUCAUCCUUAUGGAUUGGAUGGCUGCCGUCUCCAUCUGAAUGUACAUUGGUUAUAUGAGGAAGCUGAGUGGGGUCACAUUCCUGCCUUCGCCUUCAGUGGACAAUUCCUGGAAAUUUCAUAUUAUCUGUCUCAGUAAACAGUAAUUUUUUCACGCAAUGUUUACAUAGGACAUUGAUGCGAAACCAAAAUCCUCAAAAAUGUAAUUGUCAUAGUUGUGCUGGUAUUGCAAAUUCAUAGAUCCACCAUAUUUAAACAAAGGUUGAUUGAUUGAUUGAUUUACUGAUUGAUACAUGAUAAAGUAUGUGUAUUCAUACUAUAUUAAAAUCGUUUAUACUUGU